AUGUCUCAUCGACCGCUUUUCGUGCCGCCAGACUUUCUCCGUACGAUGAUGCAGCAAACGGAUGGUUCAGCGCUCCAUCGGGAACAGAUCGCCGCCCACAUACGCGAGCUUUUGAUUGCCGCGCCCAUCGAGCUUGCAGAAGGUGAGCUCGACCCUGAGCUGCCUCAGCCCUUGCAACCUUUGUCACCUCAGCCCUUGUCGCCUCAGCCCUUAUCGCUUCAGCCCUUGCAGCCCUUGUUACCCUCUCCGUUGGUAACGCCAGCCGUCACUGCGACCAACGGAGCGCCCGAUCAAGAUCCCAUGCAUGCCCUGUGGAUCUCCACCCAGCCUCCCAGGUUUUCUGGUUUUGGAGAUCUACAGUCACCAGAAGGGUUCAUAGAGAAGCUCGAGAGUUACUGCCUAAUCCAGGGUGUCAAGCCAGAGGAUCGCAUCAGCCGUGUCGUACCCGCAGUUCUCGACGGAAGUGCCAAGCUGUGGUUUCGCUUCGCGGGGGAGUUUACGAGCUGGGGCAGCUUCGUCACCGCGUUCCAUAGUCAGUUUGCGCCGGUGGACAAGAAGAAGCGACUGAAAGAGGAAUUGCGGAAACGAACUCAACACCCCGAGGAAAACCUGAAGCAGUUCAUAUAUGUCAUCAGCAGUUACUACGACAGGAUCGGCGAGCCUGUGACAGAUGCGCAGAAGGUGGAGAGGGUACUCCGACAGAUGCACCCGCAGUUCUUUGAUCUCGUUGAAGGAAGGACCUUCGCCACGCUCAAGGAACUCGCCGACGCUGCCGAUGGAUUAAUGGAGCGCGUGUGGCGACGUCUCCAUAUACGUACCCCCUCUAUGAGUGGUUCCCCAUAG